AUGUCUUCCGGGGCCAGUCCACAAGAGCAAAUUAUAGAAGCUGCCAGAAGAAACAAUGUCGAACUGUUAGCUUCGGUGGCGGAGUCACAGUCCGACAAGUUGGCCGAAGUGGUGAACGGUGCCAAGGAUGCCACGGGUAAUACAGCUUUACAUCUCUGUUGUAAGUACGGAUGUUACGAAGUUCUUGAUAAAUUACUCGACAUUGACGGUGUUGAAGUCGAUCCCGUGCAUCCUCUUACUGGAGACACUCCGCUUCACUAUGCUGUCAACUACAGCUUUGAAGAACCCGAAUAUGCAAAGUUUCUGGUCGAGACUUUGUUGGAUGUUGGCGCAGACCCUACGAUUCGCAAUAAAGACGGUCUCAAGCCCGCACAACUGCUCGGAGAUUCGAACGAAGAACUCAAACUGGUGCUGGAGGGCGCCGAAUACGCCUCUACGGCUCAAUUGCAGCAGGACGAGGAAGAAGACGUUGACGAUGGACCGUCCGAUGAAGAGUAA